CUGAUCGCCCUCCUCCUCGUACCAUCCUUUAGCCUUGAGCUUGUCUCGAGGUUGCGAGCCGGCCUCCAGCCUUAGCUUGUCUCGCGGUUGCGAAAAUGCAGCGUCCCAUGUCAUUACCGCUUUUAAUAAUACCUGAGUAUGUUGAGAGGACCUUCGAGCCUCGUAGCAGACAGCGUGCCGGGCCAUUCUUCUCGAGAUCGGGGGCCGUCGCUCGUGCAUCCAGCGACGCGCACUGGCACGAGCGAGCUGGAUGUCUGUUCACCGUCGACCCAGCCUCCACUGAGGCCAUCAUGGGUCUCCGUGUGCCGGCUGCCGCCGAGAGGAGGGAGCUUGUCUGCGCGGUGUGCCUUGCGGAUUUCGAGGAGGACGACGACCUCAGGAGGAUGCCGUGCUCGCACUCCUUCCAUCGGCGCUGUAUCUUCCGCUGGCUCCGGAUCAGCGGAAGCUGCCCGUGCUGCCGCUUCCAGCUGCCCUCCGAGGACGAGCAGCGAGUGCUGAAUGAGCAGGCGGCACAUGGCCAAGCCGGCUUCACUGGAAACGACGCAUGAUGAGCAAGGAGCAGCCGCGCGCGUGCUGUAUGAGCGUGGGCUUGGAAGCGAGCAGGUGGUGUCUAUGAUAGUUUUCUUUCUACUAUAGUACUGUCUAAGGUGUAAGAAAUGCUUUUCUGCAAACUGUAUCAAGACAUAAUAUUGUGGAUCUUGGAUAUUUCGCCUCAGUGGGGAUAUCAAGUCAAGAGAUCAUUAAUUAUGCUCAUAUGAAUGCUAUGCAAAAUUCCUUGUUUGUACAAGAAGAGAACACGGAAUGUUAAAAGAACAAAUCUUCAAUACUUACAAA